AUGAUGCUGCUCAAGGAUGAGGCACUGGAACGAAGUCACAGGUGGAUUGUUGAUUCCGGCGCUAACGUCUGCAUCGCAAAUGAUAAAGCUUGGUUUUCUGAAUUCCAGAAGAUUUCAUACACUGUUGGAACCGCAAAUAACGGCGGCCUACACAUUGACGGAGCAGGGACCGUACCUCUCCACCUGAUCACUGAUGGCAAUGACCCAGUUGAGCUGGAGUUACACAAUGUGGCUUAUGCUCAGGAUGCCAGAUGUAACAUCCUGUCGUUGUCAUGGAUCGCUGAAAAGGCGAAGCUCAGAGGAAUCUGGGGCAUCAAGGGAAUAUCCAUCAUAACUGCUGAUGGGUUUGAAAUAGGCCAUGCCAGCCUAGUCGAUGGACUUUACCACUUGCAAGUCAACCCACCAAUGACUGAAGCCCCGAAAGAGUCUCAUCGCCGGGAAGAGGAGUCAAUCGCACUGCAAGUCAACGGCACAGAAGAUUCUGAUGCUGUGGGAAACGGCAGCACACUGGCACCCGACCAACGUCUCCCACCAGGCGUCCAGCCACCAUUCGUCGUGUCCCUACUGGAUUAUGAUAACCCAGUCUGGAAGUGGCACAGGCGAAUGGGCCAUCUCAGCAUCCAAAGCCUGAGAGACCUCCUCAAAGUGAGCAAUGGCAUCGACCUAACUGACAAACAACUGCAAGGAGAGUUAGGUGUCAUGUGCCCGUCCCCGUCUGCGCUACUACCAAAGCAGUAA